AUGCAAAUUUUCAGUCACACUGUCCCAAAAACAGCCGAGAACUUCCGCCAGCUUUGUACCGGCGAAUACAAGAAUGCUCAGGGCAGACCAAUGGGCUACAAAGCAUCGAAGUUUCACCGUGUAAUCAAAGACUUCAUGAUUCAAGGUGGUGACUUUCUCAACUCCGAUGGCACCGGAACCUUCACGAUCCAUCCACCGACCCAUCUGACUUUUCCUGAUGAGUCAUUCCAGCAUAAACAUUCGUCUCCAUUCCUCUUGUCCAUGGCGAACUCCGGGCCAAACACAAACGGCUGUCAAUUCUUCAUUACCACUGUACCCACUCCUUUCUUAGAUGGCAAGCAUGUCGUCUUUGGAAAGGUGAUUGAUGGGGUAGAUGUGGUAAAGAAAGUGGAGUUGGUUAGGACCGUUAGAGAAAAGCCUGUGCAAGACGUCUCUAUUGCUCAGUGUGGGGAAAUGUGA